AAGGAAACGCUGCCAUGGUAACCAGAACACAGACCGUUGGGGAUUCACCACUGCUAAGUUUAAUUAGAAAAUUUAACAACCAAAAUUGAAGAUUAAAGCCAUGGCUUUACCUUUUCUACCCGGGAAUUCAUCUAACAGACAGGUAAGAGUCCAAAGUUUGUCCCAAGUCACCUUUUAUGGGUUACUUGCUCGGUCAUUAAGUUAAGUUUAUGUACUGCAGAGAAGUUUGUUGGCUAGCUAAGAGGUAAGCUAAGUUUUUAACGUUUAACGUUACGCAGUUUUAACAAGCUAGCUCCUGAAAUACACAUACAUUUACCGACAGUGGCUCCUUAAUUUAAGUUAUUGAGCAGCAGAAUCACUUUCAAUACAAGUUGUAAGAACAAAUUUACCUGUUAGAUAAAUGUAACGUUAGUAUUCGGAAAAAUGUUUAAAAAAUAUACAUAAUAAAUUGACAAGCACUGUUCUGAAGCACAAAAUGGAGGACCGUUGAUUCAAGUCGCCGAUAUAAAUUAAAUACUAAUCAACACAGUGAAAGAGAAAAAAAAUCACAAAAUCAACAUUAAAAUGUGAUUAAUCACCGAGCUCUACAAUAAAAGAUAUAUUUGACUGUUUUUUAUUUUAUUUUUAUUAUUAUUAUUUUUUUAUUAUUUGUUUGUAUUUUUCUUUUUUUCCUUGUCAGUAGACACUGUUUAAGGACAAUGAAAGACUGCUUUAUCCAAAGGGGAUGCCAAAAUUGGCUAGUCGAGAGUUCCUUGUUGAUGCUUUUGGUUAAUCUGCAGUGUGACCAAUAUGAUUACAUGCUCCAUAUACACUUAGAUUUAGAGGAGUUUAACUUUUUUUUUCUCUUUGUGUCUCAGCUGGGAAAAGAGAGGUUCCACAAAUCCCAACAUUUCGACGUCAUCAAUAGACUUCCAGUGCUGGUGGGAUCUGAGAAGCCAGGCAUUGGAGGAGAGCUGCUGUUGGGCCAGAAGAUCAAACCAAAGUUUUCUGUCUACCCAAGAGGACAAGGCAGUGAUUUACCUGCAUGGGUGGCCUUUGACAAACAGGUGUGCUGUCUUAAAAUAGAUCUAUUUACUCAAAGAGAUGUUAUUUCUCUAAAUACGUUGUAAUGACCCACACCAUGUCUUAUUUAAACCCUACUAAUACUGAGCAGUAGUUUUAAAAAUAAAUAAGCUACAUACAGGACUGAUAAGGUCCUGCACCAAUGUUUUUAAUGGAGUGCAUGAUUGUUGAUUGGCAUUUGUGAAACGUUAAAAAAAAAACAUUGAUCAGUUCAGAGAGUAAAAGUUAAAACCUGGUUUAAUCAUCCUUGACACCCUUUGCUUCUGCAGGUCCUGUGUUUUGAAGCAUACUUCCAGGAGGCUGUGCCUGAAACCCAAACUGAGACAUACCGGAUCAGAAAGUUUAAAAUCUACUUCUACAUGGAGGAUGACACCAUACAGGUGGUGGAACCAGAGUACAAGAACAGCGGCAUCCCUCAAGGUCUCACAGGAAAUUUUUUGCCUAAAAUUAGAUUAUUUUUCCUGUUCCUUUUUUUGCAUGCAAGCUCUCGGCUGGUGUAAUGUUGCAGUUAUCAUAGAUGUCGAGUAGCACAUUUCACUUAGAUGUGAUGAACAGUUUAUCAUCUGUUGCUGACCAUCACUGCAAUUUCAUUUUGUUUAACAGGAACAUUUAUUCAUCGUCAGCGCAUCCCGCUGCCUCCUCCGAAUGAUGACCGGUUUUACAACAUUUUCCAUUUCAACAUCAACCAGCAGAUGGUGCUGCACUCACGCACCUUCACCCUGACCAGCUGUGACGCUUUUACUAGAGACUUUCUCACCAGACUGGGAGUUCAGCUAAAUGAAAGCAUCUCUGUACCUGAAGACCCCUACACCAGCCUCCGAGAACAGGUGAGGACCAAAGUCACACCUUCAGUUUUUAUACCAUUUUUUUUUUUGAAGUGCUGAUAAAUGAUCUGGUGUGUUCAACAAUGCUUCUAUCUUUCCUUCUCUUCUAUUAUUAUGUUAUUUCAUUCAAAACAUGAAUAUUCUCAUCUCACUAAGACUUUUUGUUGCUCUUUUUGUAAACAUUAAAAUUAAAAACAAAAUUCCAGAAAGUGCUGGUAAGGGAGUUUAUGUAGUGAGGAUUAAGUUUCCUGCACGCUUGUAAUAUAAUGUUUAACAAUCCUUAAUAAACCCUUAUAAAGUCUAAUUUUAAUAAACAUCCUUUUGAUGCUUAUGACUCAUAUAGAAUGAUAACACAUUUCUAAAGAGACCUUUUAAGUGUCUAAAAGCAAUCAUAAAUGUGUGAAUUAUGCUUUUGUUGACACUCAAAAAUAUGUAUCAAGUCUUAUAGGUGGCUUAUUAACUAUUAAAUUAUGCUUUAUUGGUAAUGAUGUGAUCUUUGAAUGAAUAAACCUCUGCCCCUGGUCCAGAUCGAGAAGAAUAUAAAGCCUCUCCGACCGUACGAGAGGUGGGACACAUUGAAGCAGUUCCUUGAAAACGACCGUAAAGUGUUGCGCUUCUUCUGUCUGUGGGACGACACAGAGAGUGCGUUCGGGAACCCCCACGAGCUCGUGCUGCUUUACUACCUAGCGGAUGACACCAUCGAGAUCCGGGAGGUCACCUCACAAAUUCCCAGGGGAGACACAGUGCCCAAAUUCCUAUGCCGAGGCAAGCUACCAAAGGUGAGGUAGUAGAAGCUGUUGCACCCAAGCACACUUCCAUCUUGUAGUUAUAAUAGAGAUAGAAUUAUCCAGCUUACAGUGAUUCCUCUCAACAACAUUUGAAGCAGCUUGUUGUACCUUUAUUCUACCACUGAGGAAGCGGCAAGGGCGUUCAUUUAGUAAUCAGGAUACAAGGAUACAUAAUGGGGAACCACUAUCAGUAACAGUGAAAACGAAAUAAUGUCUUUACCUCCAUGUUUAUGACAGUGUUUUACAUUCAUAGAUGGUGAUUUCAAAGCAAAAGGAUAGCAGUACCUCUAUUUCUGGUUGGGUGACUUUUCAUUCUCCUCCCAGCAUCCCUCCUCUCACCCAGACCUCAUUCGGCCUGACAGACCUGCUGCAGCAUACCGUCCCCCUCCAGCAUUUUGGCUUUCUCCUCCACUUACUGACUGAAGGCUAAUUCAUGUUGAAAGACAGCCAGACCUCAACCGUGUGUGUGUGUGUGUGUGUGUGUGUGUGUGUGUGUGUGUGUGUGUGUGUGUGUGUGUGUGUGUGUGUGUGUGUGUGUGUGUGUGUGUGUGCGUGUGUGUGUGUGUGUGUGUGUAAUUUAGUUUGUUCUGAUGCCUUUUAUUAAAUGUCAGUCCUAAAGGUUGAUCAGAAUCAACCAUCCAAUAGGAAAUCACCACAUCCAUCACUUCUUUUUUCCCUCUCUCCAUGUGGUUAGUCUCCCUGCCUCUGUGUCUCUCUCGCCCCUCUGUCUCUCUUUUUGGUUAUUUUAUCUCUCCGUCCGGAUGUGUGCAUCUGUGUUUUCAUGCAGAGUGCCUGUUAGUUCUCUGAAGGUCAUGUGUAAUGUGCUGGUGUGUGGUCUAUCUGCAGCAUGGACCCGCCCAAAUGAAGCAGCCUGGAAUGGCGGCGGACCGCACUGUGCUCAACGUUUUGGCCUCAACAACUCAGGGGCAACGCUUCAUCCUGGACAGCCUCAAAGUAUGUCCUGUCUCAGCCACAUAUAGAAUCCACACAUGCUGCAGGGGAAAAAAGAAGCACAAAACUAGAUAAAUUGAAUAUCUUUGAAUUUGAUUUUGCAAAGUGAAUUAGCAGUGAGGGACUGAAAGAAAUCCCUCCAAACAGAAAGACAAUUGUCUUUGAUUUCAUUUGAAUGUAUAUCCUUUUAAUUUGCACUAACUGGGAAGUUAGGGGGAGUCAGGACACAGGGGAAAGAGACGGUAAUGUCAUUCAACAAAUAUUGCUGUCUAGAAUUAAACUGAAAGUAUUACAUCAGCUGUGGAGGUAUAUGGCAACAACCCAGUCACCAAAGCACUUAAUAUUAGAGACAAAAAACAGAUCAUAACAUGUAACCUCAACAUAUCAGUCAAUACAUUAUCAGCAUUCAGAAGUAAAAUCCUGCAAACUAAUAAAAUGAGGAUUUUGUAGCUCAUAAUAGAACAAGGGAGCAAAAACAUGAAGAACACUCAAGCCAAAGGUAGAGUAAGCGAGAAUAAAGAACAAAUUUUAGAAUAUGAGAUAGGAGGUUACAGUUACUGACAGCUUUUAACUGUUUCGCUGUAGAACCAUGGCUCUAUGAAGAGAUCGUUCUUGGUUACAAUAUUCCCACCUGGCCAUAGAGGUUGGUCACAGUGAUUUGUAGCGGGACCACCUUUGUGGACCAUGAACAUCAUUCCUCAUAAUAUUCCAGGCCAAGGGUUUUUAAAGCAACACCAAUUGGCUUUCAGGUUGGUUUUUUUUUAUACGUAUACCCCAUGUCUGUAAUGUUAGAUGUCCAAGAGCCUUUUGGCUAUGAAGUGUUUGCUGAGCUGGAACCUUAACAGUCAUUAACUGAAGCUUAACUAUUAUUGACUUUAUUCUGAAACAGUUUUCAUUAUUUUCUAAUUUCUCUCUGCAGACAGGGGCUGUCCACGAGGAGUUUUAUAAAGACUCUGAUCUGACUGUAGGCGGCGAGAUAAACGUGUGGGGCCGCAGAGUGCUCAUCACUGACUGUGAUAACUUCACCAAAGAGUACUACCGCCUCAGAUACGGCAUAGGUAAACAUCUCAUUAGUUAUCUUUUCAGUGUGAAUACAUAACGUACAAUGCUUCUUCAGCGGACAGACAAUGGAGCUUGAAAAAAAUAAGGUUUAAACAUUUCAAGUUUUACAUGUCAAGGUUCCCGAUUCAUGGAAAGUCCUGAAAAGUUGUGAGAGAGAUUUAUUUUUACUUGUGUGAGGUCUGUCUUUAAGACAAGAGGUGUUUGAUCAAAUAAACACUGUCUAGAAAGCAUUUUAUGAUUUUCUUUUUUAUUUUGAUGGAUUUACUUGUUUAUGUGAAGCCUACAAAUGGAAGAGCGAAGGUCCAAACAAAGAGAACAUGCAAGUUCAAGAAAAGUGGCUUCAAGAUGAAAAUGGUUUGAAGUAACAAACAUUAUGAGAGGAUUUUCAGGACACAAAAAUAAGCAUUAAUAUGACAUGAAAUAACAAAUUUCUUGCCUUUGUUCUAGAAUCUGAAAACAUUUAACUUACAUUUAUGCUUCAUAUUCUACUUUUGGAUCGACUGGUUUAGUCACUAGUUCUCCAGUCUGAAUGUAAUAAUGUAAAAUAUGCUUAUUCACUGUAAUAUUUCCUUUUUUGAUGGAUAACAUUUUGGCUAGUGCUCUUCCCUGCAGCACAUUGCAGUGACCACUUGGGGGCAGUAAGCACCAGCAAGAGAUGUUAACCCUCCGAACACAGCCUUUUCCUGAUAGGGAUGGUACAGAUAACAUUCAGAAAACGAAGUAGUUUUAUUCAUAUUGCAGUAAAUCUCAUAUGUCCUGAGAUUUAUUUGUCUAAGAGCUUGAAGAAGCUUUCAGCAGCUUGUAUGAUCCUCUGGUUCCUGUGGCCAGUCCUCAGUGGAUGGACCUAAGAACCACUAACAGAGCUGAGUUCCUCUGAUCUGACAUCAGAUACCCUACCCCUCCAGCACCGGUAUUUCUCCUCCACAGUAAGAGGCAGCAGGGACCCUGUGAGGCACACGGUGCCCCAGCAGGAGAAACCAGAGCUGAUCCUGGACCAGUCUGCCACUCUGACCAGGUUCUGGGUCUGGUUGUAUUAGUCACAGUAAUACAGCGGGUCGAGCCUGCGGUGACAGACAGUUGUGAUGGAGGGCCCUGUCUGACUCGAGGGUCAGCUCCUGGUCACAGUCAGACCCGGGUCUCUGUGCUUUUGCAUGGAUGGAUUACCUGCUGCCCUCUGAUCGUUGCAGCUCUUCUCCUUUUUUCUUUUAAGUGUUUUGUCUCCUUUCUCCCUCUCCCCCUCAGAGGACUUCACCCCAGUGCAGUACAAAGCUCCCCCUGACCCAAAGCCCCCAAGGAUGAUGCCCCCCUACAACGGCUUUGGCUCUGAGGAGGACUCGCUUGGCUUCUGCAAGAACCUGCUCCCCAAACCCCCCCAGAGAGAUUUCCACAAAUUCAUGGAGAAAGACAGGUUGGCUGAGCUGCCGUCACAGCUACAAUCAGUUUGAGUGUGUGUGUGUGUUAGUGUGUACAUCUCUCUCUCCUCAGGUGCGGCCUUGACAGUCAUGUGCUAAAUUUCCAUGCCAAGAUGGUGACCAACAAUCCAAUUGACACAACUAGGGUGUUUGUCAUCUCCUUCUACCUCAGCGAUGAUUCCAUUAGCGUGUUUGAGCGCCCUACAAAAAACUCGGGUAAAAAAAAAAGUUUGGACCAGAGCCACUCCAAGAUGCACGAUACAACUCUAUGACUCUCAUGUUAAACAUUAACCUCAGAGAUACAGUUUCCAUCUUCAGAGCCUUUUGAAAACAGAUGAAACAGAUAACAGUGGGUGCAAUAGACCUACUUUUUCGGGGAAAGAGAAAUUCCCAUCAGUAUAAAUCUUUGUUUGACAUAUUUACUGCAUGUCAAAAUGAAUAGCAUGUCUUGGGGGUUAGGGUUGCAAAAAAUUGAAAGGAAUUGAAAGGAUGCUAAACAAAACUGCAAGAGCAGCCGCCUAAGUUUGCACAGAGUAAGAAACUGACUGAACCAAAAUAUGUUCAAUAAUCAGACACCUCUUACCUCUCUUAUGCUCACGCUCUAGGUGGGCUUGGAGGUAAGUUUCUGAAGCGCGGCCGUGUGAAGAAGCCGGGUCAGGAGCUGUUUAAGAGCGAGAGGUCUGAGUACUUUACAGCUCAGGAUCUGUACGUUGGUGCAACCCUCUGCAUCCACAACAGGAGCUUUCUGCUCUUGGGUGCUGAUGAAUACGCCCUAAGCUACAUGGAGAAACACGCUGAGGAGGUAGGGGGGUAGCAAAGGAAGGAUGUGUCUUUACUGUGUUUCUUGAAAAUGUUUUAAAGGGUUUGAGAUGAAGUAGGUCUUUAAAACUGAUAAGUUUCACAACCAGGUAAAAGGCCCUGCAGUCAUCUUCUCUUUGUCUUUGUGUUUUCAUGAUUCAGGGUGUAAAACUAAAAGAUUUUAUCAAAUACUUAAUGUUAUCUGUGUUGCUGUGUUCCAAGCUGCAAUUAUAUAACCAGAAAAAGUCAGAAAUCUUUACUUUUUAUAAAGCUUUUAAUCUGCAGCAGUACAUCAAUGUGUUCAAAAUGUGUUUAUUUGUCGGCAGUUCCCCAAAGCCAACGUGGGGAACAUCAUCAGUAAGCUACGUUCAAUCCCCAAAGACAAACAAAGCGAGGUCAGGAGGUUUCUGACACUCAGUGACCCCAGCAGCACUGGACUCAUCCCCUACGAGUCAUUCAGGUACAGUUAUACAGCUAAAUGUGCCCUUCUUUCUCAGAACUCUGAAAAAGGUAAUUUAAAAGGUCAUCUGUUAGAAUAAGUCAAUUAAAAUAUACAUAAAUAGAUAAAUAAAGAAAAAGAUAAAGUCAGUCAAUGUAUAUUAAAACAUUGGAAAUGUGUCAGACUGAGACUGACCUCGAAUGUUAAUGAGUCUGAUGGAUGUCAGUACAAAGCUGAACAUGGUCUGUUUUGUUUUAAAUAGAGAGAUCUGUAUAUCUUGUAGUGGUUAUGGAGAGUAUGCACGAGGUGUCAGAGGCUUUUUGCACUCCUUUUGUUUUAGUCUUCCAGCUGUAGAAAGUGUGUAAAGUGUGGACAAUCUAAUCAUAUGUCCAAGCCAGAAUGAUAUCAACCACCUUCAAAUAUUUUCAGUCAAGAAGAGCCUAUGAAAUAGGAGCCAGAAAAAUUUCACUCUGAGCUUCUCAUCCAGAUAUUUAUCAUAGUUCAAAAAUGAUUGUCCAGUUUCAAAAACAGCGAAAAGACACUGUGAUGAGCAAUGGAAUAAACCAUUCCCAAUCAGUUAAUUUGCCAACUAUGCUGAUGAUCAUUUAAUUGCUUCAGUCUUGUGCUCAGCAUAAAAUGUCAAACAUUUGCUGUCCUCGGCUUCUCACAUGUGAGGAUUUCAAAAUAUUUUUUGGCAUUUUAUGGAAAGACAGAUGAAUUGCUAGACUGUGAAAGUAUUCAGCUGAUUAAUGAUGAUGUUGAAAAUACAAGUUGCAGCCCUGAUUUAAACAUUUUGGAGACAGCGGCAAAGAGGAUAAAAGAGGCAGCAGACUCCUUGUUGUGUGACCUGCUGGUCAAACAAUAAGCUAUUAAUAAGAUAUUAGCAAUUAAUAAGAUAUUGGUCAUAAUUCAAACCGUAUUGUCUGCAAGGAUCAAUUGAAUAAUUCAUCAAAAUCUUUUAUUUCCUAUGUAGAUUAUCAGUCUUUGGUCAAACACCUUACAUUAUUUUUGGCAUUUUUAUGGACAGAAAGUUGAAUCCCAAGAUAGUUAAAAUAUUCAGCCAAAAAAUGGUAAUGUCGAAAAUAAGAUUCGAAGACCUGAUGUAAACUUUUUGGGCAAAGUGACAGACUGAAAAAAAGAAAAUAUAUUUAUAUGUUAGGAUCUUGUUUGUCCAGUAUUCUGUUGAUUUGACUUGAAUUGAUCAGUAUUAACAUAGUUUUUAAUCUAAGUAUAAACAAAAUAUUGCUGCAUGAGCUCUUAAAUUUAUUUGGUCUUUAAUGAUUCUGUUGAUUAUAUAGACUGUGUUUGUGUUGUUGAAUACUUCCUGUCUUCUACUUGUUUACAUUUCUCUCUUUACUUUUAAUGUGAGUACCUGUAACUUCAGCUGAUUUACCUCCUGAGGAUCACUGAAAUAUUUCCUCCUGUGUCCCUGAUUCCAUGUGUUUUUAUAUCUGUAUGUUUUGUGUAUGUGUGUGUAAACACCUUAGGGGCCUGCUGACUGGUCUGGACUAUGGUCUGUCGGAGCACGAGGUUCUGGUUCUGGGACGGAGCUUCUCAGGGCCUGUUGAGCAGCCUGAGGUGGACGUGGGUCUGAUGCUGGCUGUGGCCAAGCACUUCCUCAAGAAACAAUCCUUUGAUGAUAUGCCCGCCAUGGCCAGAGCAUUCGCACACCAAGACCGGCACAAGUGGGCUUCAGACACACACACACACGCACACACAUAUACAGAUGUUAGCUCAGGACCAAACACUGCUGCAUACACACAGGCAAAGCGUCACAACAAGACAUCAAUCGUGCAGCCGGUGGCCCUGUAUCUGAGCAGAGAUUAGUUCCAGCAGUGUGUGAGUGCAGCAUUGGAAGCAGAUGGACCCUGAGGACCUGAAUGGCAUUUAGCUCUGCAGGCUGCAGGACACACAAACAUGGCACUGCCUCUCUCUACUCUGUGUAUAUAAAAACAUAUACUUUAAGUUAGAUUUCUUGUUAAAAAACCUGCAGAGGAUGUCUCUGGAUUUGCUGAAAUGUAUGGUCAGUGGAGCCACAGGGUUCAGCUGGCUCAUCUGCUUGUGUGUCCAUGUUGACACUCUAUUAGCCUGAGACUGCUCAUCAGCUUCUUGGUAAUGAAGACAGCAUGACAGGAAUGAGUCUCUGGACUGUCUGACUUCACUGUGAAAAACAACUGUGGCAUCGCCUGUUUCACACAUUAACACACACAAACUAUAUCAAAACUGUCAUGAAAUCUCAGUUGCAGACUUUUUUUUCUAUAAAUACCAUUUUACAACACAAAUUUAAAAGUAAAGAAAUUGUGAGACGUUUUCAACCAGUAAUUUGAACUCUUUGGCCACAUAAUCCGUCUGUUACUUUUGCAGACUGUAAUCCGAACCCAGAUGCUGUCCACUCAUUUAGGAAACUUGUAUCCUAACCAGCACAGAUUUCCUCACCUUUACAGUAACGGGUCUAAAAUUGUCCAGUGUGAUGCUACUCAGCAAAUCAAAGCUUUUACUCAGAUCAGCAUUAAGGCUGGACUGGUGUAUGAGGAUAACUGUGGAGCCAGAGCUGAGAGGAGAGCUGGGAAAAUGAGAAAAGUAGAUGGCAAAGCAGCUUUGAAUGUAAAACAAACAGAUUCUCAAUGUUUGUAUUUUAGUAUCCUUUCAACCUAUUUCCUGUAAUUGAAUAUGUUCAGAUUCUAGCGACUUUAGUAGGACUUUUACAGCUACAGUGAAACUGAGACUCAGCAGAGACAAAUGGACAGACACUCCACAUCUGAAACAGAACGCUGGUAGUUGAUGUUCAGAUAAUCCUAGCACUGAUUCCAGCUAACAGGUUAAUAAUCUGGACUGGGGUUAACCUCAGGUAGCUGAUUUUACUGGUUUCUGGCUUUGUGAUCAGCAGGAAAGUUUACCCAGACACAGUUCAUAGAGGAGGGAGGAGGGGUUGAUGUUAUGAGACAAAUGUCACAGUGUUUUGGUUUCACACAUGUCCAGAUGGAACAUUUUUUUUGUAGUUGGAGUUUAACCAUCAUUAAUAAACACAAAUGAUUCCAUGCAAGUUAACCAAGACAAAAUUCGCGUCUGCUUCCCUUUAAAUGUGAGCACAGCCUUGAAGGUAUGUUUAUUUUCCUUGUGCUGAAUUCAAAUAACCCAUUAAAAACAGGCUGGUAGCCCAAAUGUCCAUCAUUAUCCCUGGUCACUCUGCUAAUGCAUUUGGGUCAUUUGUUCUUACGUUUGAUGUUUGUGUCUCUGCUUUUCUUUAUGUGUCUAGAACUGGCCAUCUCUCCGCCAAGGAGAUGAGGACAAUCUGCAAGGGCUUCCAUCUACCUCUGCCUGAAAAGCUGCUGGGGAAUUUGCUCAGCAGGUAGGAGCUGCACAGACCGGGGUCCAUAUCAAAAAGGUCCCACUACAUUUAUGAGAGAUGAGAUUACAAGAUUAGACCAGACAACACCAGAACUUUACUCUCUCAGAGGGUGCUUUGGGCAAGAGUGCACGGAAAAUAUCAGUUUGUCCAACUUUGUGUCAAUCAAACCUGGAGCAUGGAGCAGCGUACAAUUUCAUAAAGUUCCAAAUGUUUUCAGUGAGUGACAAAUCAAGACUGCAGACAGGCCAGUUUAGCAGCAGGACUCUCCUACUAAAGAGCCAUGCUGUUGUAAUAUGCACAGAAUGUGGUUUGUCAUUGUCUUGCUGGAAUAUGAAGGUCUUCCCUGAAAAGUCAUAAACAAUGUUUACAUGUGCAAAAUUUCUUGAUCCAAUUAAAAAUAUGAUGGAUUAGAUAAUCUGAAUCUACUGUUUAUAUGGGUGCAAAAUCAAAUAAUCCGACUCAGAUUAAAAGCAUUUGGACAUGCGCAGAGUUGUCUGAUUUCGCUAAAACAACUGCAGAAGAAGAAUUGUAUUUACACCUGUGCUGUCAACAAACCAACAAACGCAGUAGUGGCUCACUCCAUCCAAUUCAGGAGUUUUCCCUCAAUGAAAUGUUGUCACUAGAUGGCGCCCUUGCAAACUUAUUUUACUGUUCUAUCAAAGGUUGCACUGUGCGUGGAGAUGUGACAUCAUUACGCUGUAUGUACGCCUUGUUAUGUUACUGGAGGAGCAGACACGGUACCUGCUGUUGUGUUUUAUGCCAGUGUUAAUAAUGAAACCUCCUUCACUGGCCUCAGUAAAUAAACCAAAGGCUAAAGAGUGAAGAUCGAGUCAGGUGAGAGAGUCACAAUCGGAAAAAAGUGUUUACAUAGACGCGUUUUGGAAUAACGAUCGGCAUAAACCACCCCUGUCGAUCGGAAUAUAAUUUCUUCUAAAAUGAGCCGAAUUGAAUCAGAAUCCUCAGAACGACAUGUUUACAUGACGCAUUUUUACUCCCAUUCGAUAAUUCCGUGCCCAUGUAAACGCAGCUAGUGUCUGGGUGGCAGCAUAUGUUACUCCAAAAUCUGUUUAUGUUGUUCAGCAUUAAUAGUAAAUGCAGUGAUGAUUGGAAGUGAUUUUUAGCCCAUGCAGUAAUUAACAUUCUACGCAGCAUCUUCACGCAAAUUAAACUAGGGUGGUGAUUCAUUCCUGUUAUUUUAUAUGUUUGUAUUUUAGAUAUUCAGAUGGAGACGAAAUUGACUAUCACGCCUUCCUGACUGGUCUUAAUUGGUUGGAAAAUCAGGGUCCCGAGGUAAUGCCUGAGGAUACCGUAAAGGUAAGGAAGAAGUGCAACAGAUGCAUUAAAAGCAAAAGCUGUAGAGAGGAGAGAAGAGAAAAGAUGUAUAGACUGGGAGUUAAUCAGGAAAGCACUGUGACUUUAUGGUGUGUGCAGAUUUUCAAAAUAAGUCUAUAUUUCACCCAAAUCUGCGAUGACUCAGUGGAUGUAAGAGCCAAAAAAAGAAUCAAGUCAAAUGAACAGAAGACAAUAAAAAGUCCACAAAAAGGUUUUAAAGAGACACACACACUUAAACACACUCACACACAAGCAGAGGUGGUCAAAUAAAAAGGAAGUAGGUGCUUUGUCCGUUCCUUUUGUUAUUUGUAUCUUUCCUAUGUUAGGCUGAUUUAGCACGCUCUGCUACAGCCAAGCCUAAGCAGAAACAGGUGAGCAGCAGAGAUAUUCACCAUGGCAGGACAACAAAGAGAGAAUGAGAGUGUGUGUAUUUAGGUGUGUGUGUGUGUGUGCGACACAGAGCUUACUUUACUCUCGUCUGUCAUGGUUUCCAGCUGCUCUCUUUUUUUUCUGCUUCAAAGCCAAAACCAGUCACUCGGUCUCUGCUUAAAUACUCUUAAGCCCCGACAAUUUUUACAACAAAGGGGAGAAAAUGAACACUGAAUUUUCUCCUAGGGUUUCUUAAAUGGAGUGGUGUUAGUUCAGUCAGGCCACAAUGUCAAGUUUGGUCUAGAGUUUAUCAGCUGAUGCUAAUGACUGCUAAUUUCAGCUGACACUCUGCAAUCGAUCUUCAAAGAAUCAAACCAGCAAAUGGCAAAAUUGGUGUUCUGUUUAAACUGCUUCAGCCUGACUUCUUUUGCCGCUUUCUAUUCAUGCCAUCAUAUCACACGAAUAUCUGAUAACUGUUGCAGUGAUGUCAGGUGAAUCAUUCUGGUUUUUAUAUCUCUAGCCCAGAAGGAAAGUGUUCCCUCUUGACAAUUCUGCAAACAGCUCACCUGCCCGUCCUCCCCACACCAAUCCUUUCAGCAAAGUAUUCAGCCUACAUAAAAACAAUCAGCCCCUAGAACAGAAACUGACAGGUCGAGCCACCCUCUUCUCUCUGAUAGGUCACUGUCCUCUGCUUUUCAUGAAUUUCUCCACUCUUUGGCGUUAGUUAGUGUUUGGCAUUUUCUCAAUCCAAACUCUCAAGAAUACACCCCUAUCCAAAAGCUUACAACUCCUUCUCAAGAAUAGAUCACUUUGUCCUCUCCUACACAUGCUCAAAAAUGUCAUUAAUUAUGAUCGGGGUUCACGCUCCAUUAGUACUUUUGUCCCUGUAGAAAGAUUGUCAAGAAGACUUAUGUGGAAAUUCAACAAUCAUUUUCUCAAAAUCAUGGAGUUUAAUCCCAGAAUGUUUUACUUUAAUUUUGAUACAAUUUGUCCAUACAAAUAGUGUGGGAAGCAUUUAGCUACUUGACUGCUAAAAAAAAGAACAGAUAAGUAACAUGACCUCCAUCCUCUUGGAGAGAUCUCGAAGUUAAAUACAUGAAAAACCCAACUGAUCGAGGUUGUUGUUGUUUGUUUGUUUUGGCUGCUGCUGUUCUUCCUGCCUUGGCUUUCUCUGCUAAAUCUGCAGACUAGACGUGAACUCUCCUGACGAAAGUGGUCCUGACUGAUAGUGUGUUUCUGUCGUUUCCAGUUUGAUCUGAACGUGGCGUUUGAUAAAGGUGAAGCUUCUCAGAAGACUGUCAACUACUCCUCACUUCUGGAGAACGUCUUCAUUGUUUCGUCCAACAAUGCUGAUCCAACAGCCUCCAUCAUCUCUUAGAAACAAGUGGGAGGUGAACAGACUUACCUCACACAUGGACACGCACACACUUCUCCAUUAAAGAACAUAAUCCAUCAGCUCACAGG